AUGUUAAAGAAUCAACUAGGUGCGAAACCAAAACAAUCACUGUUAUCGACUAUAUCUUCACUCUCGGACGAAGAGCUGCGACUUAAAUUAGAAAAUCAACACAAGCUAUAUAAAUCGAUAGGUGCCAAUCUACCUGACAAGGGAGAAAAGAUUCUAACAAAUAUUACUGCAAUACAAAAGAUAUUAGAUUCUAGAAAUAACACCAACAUUAAUAAUAAAUCAACAACAACCGAUACUAUUACCACCAUUGUAAAUAAUAAUACUACUAAUCAAAAAGAAGAAGAAGAAGAAAAAGAUAUCAUUCAAGAAGAAGAAGAAGAAAUAACAAUAGAUUUUGCCAAAUUAACGAUACAAGAUCGUAACAGUAAAAUGAAAGAACAAAAAGAACAGAAAAAUCAUAAGCUUAGCAAGGAGAAUGCUCAAGAUGGUCAAAACAACCAACAACAACAUCACAGAAGUACAAAAUUAUUAUCGAUUGAUGAAUCUAGAAGAUUAUAUGAAAUAAACAAGAAUAAACAUUUGAAUGAAAAUGUAGAUAUGGUUGUAAAUUCACCAGAGGUGGAAAGAAUGAUAAAGGAAACCUAUCGAGUAGAGGAAUCAGAAGGAGUUGAACCAUGGAGUGAUGAUAGUUCCUCUGAAGACUGCGACGUUGACAAUGAAUAUAGAACCAAACACGAUAUUUACGAUGAAUCCUAUGCCUACAAGUUACACGACGAGUUUGGUGAAUUUGUUGAUGAUGAAGAAUCAUCAGUUCCCCAAAAUAAAUAUAAUUAG